UCUCCUACAUUACCAUUGUUUCUUUUCCCCCCCCCAAGGAUAUCUUUUCAUGGAUGAUAUUGAUAUUGAAGUUCCCAAGUAUUUCAUCUGCCCCAUAUCUUUGCAGAUCAUGAAAGACCCUGUGACCGCCAUAACCGGCAUCACAUAUGAUCGAGACAGCAUCGAGCAAUGGCUACUCAAAGGCAAAACCACCAACUGCCCGGUCACCCAGCAGCCUUUGCCUACACUCUCCGAUUUAACGCCUAACCAUACGCUGCGUCGCUUGAUCCAAGCCUGGUGCACUGAGAAUGCUUCGUUCGGUGUUGACCGGAUCCCCACCCCUAAACCUUCCGUUGAUAAGCUCCACUUCCUUAAACUCAUCAAGGAGCUUCAACAUCCCGAUUCCAAGACGAAAGCUUUGAAAGAAUUGGAUUUGUUGGCGGCCAAGAAUGAAAGAAACAGGAAGUGCAUGGUGGAAGCUGGGGUGUCUAAAGCUAUGAUAUCGUUCAUUGUAAAUUGCUUCAAGGAAGACUGUAUCAAUGGCCUGGAAGAAGCCCUAAGUGUCCUUUCCUUAAUUAGAAUUCCCCCGACCGAAGCUAAGUUACUCCCCAAAGAAAAUGCUCUGAUUAUCAAAUCAUUGGUUUGGGUAUUAGGAUUUGGAUUCAGAACCCAAGUUAUGGUUCAAUCCCAUGCGGUUUCAGCAUUGAAAACCAUCAUUGAAACAGCAAGCUCCGUCCUACUCGAAAGACUAGAGCUUAACUUCUUCGAGGCGGUUGUCGGAGUUUUGAAGCAAGGCAUAAAAAGGUUCAGUCAACAAGGAAUAAAUUCAGCUCUCCAUGUUCUAUUAGACGCAUGUCCCUGGGGAAGAAAUCGGCUAAUGAUGGUUGAAUCGGGAGCGGUUUCUGCGCUUAUCGAGCUUGAAUUGGGUUCGCCCGAAAGGAAAACAACUGAGCUCAUUCUGGGAAUACUCUUCCAUCUAUGUUCUUGUGCCGACGGGAGAGCGGAGUUUCUCAACCACAAAGGCGGCAUCGCCGUCGUCACGAAGAGGAUCAUGAGAGUUUCUCUGGCAGCCGACGAUCGAGCCGUGCUGAUCCUUUCGUUGAUAUGUAAAUUCUCGGCCAGUAGUUUGGUUGUUCAUGAAAUGUUGGACGUUGGAGCUGUAACAAAGCUUUGCAUGUUGCUCCAAGUCGAUUGUGCAACGUAUUUGAAAGAUAAAGCAUUGGGAAUCCUUAGAUCACAUUCGGAUGAAUGGCUAAAGUUCCCUUGCAUCGACAAAACUCAAUUCACCAUGUACAUUAACUGAUUAUUCAAUUUUCCUUGUCAUAUUUACCUUUCUUAAUUCCAUGU